GUAUUCAGAGGGGGAAACUGAUGACCAUGCAGGUCUCUUUGUCACAAUCCCCCCCUCUCUUUACUACCUUAUCGUUCUACUCCCAAAUCUCUCUUCACCGUGUUUCUUCCCUUUAUGAAACAAUUCCGAAUAGUCUCAAAUUACCCUAUGUAGACUUCGGCUUGAUCAACCGCUGCCACACAACCGACCGCAUUUUGCAGUUCGUCCGAUUUCGCUGAGUGACUAGGUUACGCCUUGAAGCAACCCACGCCCACGCCCACGAGCCAUUUCAACACUACGCAAGACUUGACGAUGGCUGCAACCCUGAGUGAUGGGCGAUCAGUGGUGUUGCACUCUCGGUCGCUACCAGCGCUCCCAACAGAUUUCUCGGGCCCCUCGGAGUUGCCAGCAGAGCUCCCACCAUUGCCGCUGCCCCCAAUGACAAUGAGAGCAUCGCCGCCGCCGCCGCCGCCUCCAGCACCAGUGCCAACAUCCAGCAUGAACGUAGCAUCGUCCUCUUUUGUAACAGAAAAGGCAUUGCUGGCAAGUCGUUCCAAUGAUGAUGACCUGACAACCGACAGCGCCAGUACCUCGGAACCCCCACCAUACUCAAGCCCCUCCAAUAGCUCGGAGACGUCCAUCUCACACGAUCCCCAAGGGAUACACGGAAUUCACAUUUAUACGGGUCUACCCAGGCUGGACUACAAGCUUUACUCACCACCCAACUUCACUCUAUCGCCCGACUGCACCACCCUGUCGUCCAAGGCAGAGUAUCUGACAGCGAGCGCUAGCGCGCUGAUAGGGCUCAUCAGGUCCCAGGCGAGCAUCCCACCCAAGCCGCUGAUACAUAUCAAAGGAAACCGCGGUCGCACUAUUGAUUUUGACUUCAAAAUGAACCUUAUGGGCUUGCUGGUGGCAGACGAUAUGGGCAAGCGUUUGGACUACAUUCGGUGUGUUGCGCCGGGCGAGGUCGCGUUCCGUGGCGGCGCCAAGGCCGAUGUCCUCCCCGAGGUGGGUGACAGAGAGCUGGAAGAGUGGUGUCGCCGAUUCAUCGAGGAUCCAGCACCCGUCAAGAGUUUUGCACUCGAACGAGUUGUUGCCAAUUUAGACACGCUUUAUAUUGAGGGUCAGAUUCGUAGCUUGAUCGCCUCAACUCAGUACAAGGGGCAGAUCAACAUCUCGUUUCCCGUGACGCAUGCCAAGGUCAAGGUCAAGAGUGCCGAGAAGCCGAGUAAGCUCUACAUGGGCAUGAAGAACCUUUUCACAAGCAAGCACAAGUACGAAGUGGUGCAGUCGGUGUGGCCCUUUGCGACAGCCAGGAACGGCGAGGAGGGCCGGAGGUGCAUGAUGCAGAGUGAAGAAGUAUGGUGGCGGGAGUGGAGAGACUCGAUCAAGUAUGCCAUGGCGCAGAAGAGGCAGAACGGAGCGUACGUAACCAACGAGGACAAGCUGGAGGCACUCAUGGAGGGCAAGGGUAAGGGCGUGGCGUCCAUCGACUGGGGAGGGAUAGGACCCGAGCUUGAGGAACACGCCGUUUGAGGCUCUCGCAGGAGACGUGGAGCAUGAUAUCUCGCUUGGCCGGGGAACGGAGUGCGAUUUUGUGUGAUUGAUGAUACCCGAGCUUGGCGUUUGAGCCACAUGGAGAAGG